CGCUGCACCCGGCAACUGGCUGCCGGCGAAGGGGACGCGCCGCAGCUCCGUGCCCGCUGAACACCUGUCAGCCCGCGGAGACUGAUUUAUACCUGGCCUUGGCAGCCUCUCCGCUGGGGAUUUCCCUCUCGUUCCACUUCUUCUACUGCUUUUUUUUCCUUUUCCCUCUCAUCGUCCCCUCCUUUCUCGGAGCGUUGUGGAAGAGAGUGUUUUCUUCAGGAUAUUAAGCUGAGAAUACAAAGGAGGAGAGGCUCAGACCUUUACCUCACUGCCUCAUUCUCCCUUCCGUGUGAGCACCCUGCAACGUUUCCUUCGUCCUGCCUCACCUCUCACCUGGCCAGCGCUUGUCCGGACCAUGUCCGCUAAGCUCCUGCCGGUUUUCUUCCUCCUCUCAGUGUUCCACGCUUGUUCUAGAAAGGUUGAAGAGGAUGAAUAUGAAGAUGGAACAACUAACCAAAAAUGGGUUUUAGCUCCAAAAACACAAGACACAGAUGUGACUCUCAUACUAAACAAAUUGUUGAGAGAGUAUGACAAAAAGCUGCGGCCAGAUAUUGGAAUAAAACCAACAGUUAUUGAUGUUGACAUUUAUGUCAACAGCAUUGGCCCUGUAUCAUCAAUAAAUAUGCCAAAAGUUCCUGUGAAGACUGUAUGGAAGAAGCAGAACAAAUGUGAUAUAGCAUGGGGAACUGCAAGAGAGGAAGGCCAAAAGUGGUUGGAUACUAUUUUGAGAUCAUUUCAUAAGACAGCAAUGCUAUUUCUGACCUCCUGGCCCUUCUCCUCAAGAGAGAUUACUAAAUUCUUCAAAAGAAGAAUCCUGGAAGCUAAAUUUCAUAAUCUCGUUGAAUACAGAAAAGCACAAGUUCCAAAGUGACAUGGGUAUUGUGGCUCUGUCCUUGUGUUCCUGGUAAUCUCUGCAAGUGGUAACUGCUCGUCCCCUUUCCUGUGUGUUGCAUCUUUUUCUGCUGCACUUCUAUAUACUAAUCUUUCUGUUGUCUGUUGAACAAUGAAUCUUUGUUGUUGUAUUUCCCCACGAGACUAGACGACCACCUAUGGCAAAAGUAAAAGAGUCUGCUCUCUUUCACUGGGUGGGAUAUUACAGCUUUUAUUCUCAAGUCCCGAUUGCUUGCCGGUGGCAGAGAGAGCUCGCCACUCCCGUGUUGGGGCUUCUUCCCCAGAGGCACGGCCCAGAGGCAGGACAAGACAGUACCCAAAAAGGGAUAUGUGGGAGGGGAACAGAGUUAGGUUACAUUUCAGUGUGGAGGAUGGGCACUGCAGGGCAAGGACAGAUCAUAGGACAGAUACAUGGAAAAAACAUUACAAAUCCGAUGAAAUAUAAACCAAAAUAAUGCAUUACAACACUUUGUUUUAUCCAGAAUAUCUUUAUCUAAACAGGCUAGAAGUUUGCAGUGGCUCUCUCAGAUAAGAAAAAGGAGGUGUGUGCACAAGAUUUUAUGACUUUUUCCACAUGUACUCUCUAACCAAUAAGCUACCUGUUUUCAGACCCUGCCUUUCAAAAUCUUUCUUGGAAACAGUAGCUAGUGAACUCCGGGGAUAGUGAGCUUUGGCUGACAGUUCAUGUUUGGUAAAGUGUGCUGGCUAACAGAGACAAGGAAAUAAAUGUCAUCUGCUUACACAUACUCCAUGUAUCAGACUCUGACAGCUCUAUGCUUUCAAAUAGCUUUCCAGGUAGAUAUUUCCCCAAAUUAUAUUUUCUGCAGUGUGCACAGCAUGCGUUUUUCAUCACCUAGAAGGCCUGUAGGUUGUGAAUAAUAGAGAGGUACAAUCCUAAUCUUUCAAUUGAUAGAAGUUAUUAUAUUGGAAUCAAAAAAGCUUUUUUGUUUGUUUGUU